CGGGAACUCCCACAUCAAAAGGACCGUCACUCUUUCUGCACUUCUCAUUCACUCCAUUGCUAUUUGCUUGCUACUCGGAGCUCAAGAACAAUCACUCCUUCUUCGAAAUGAGGUCUCAGAUUUGCAGAUCGGCGAGGUCUCUCCUCUCUGCUGCCUCCAAGCACACCUCUCGUUCAUUUUCUGGAGGGCGAGCAGCAGCUGCGGCAGUUUCAUGCAGAGGAAGAGUGUCAUCUCUAGCUUCAUAUGGUGUAUUUGGAUCAGGAAAUGCAUACAAGGGUUGGAUUUCUGGUGUCCUUGCCCUUCCUGCAGCAGUUUUCAUGCUUCAGGAACAAGAAGCACAUGCUGCUGAGAUGGAGAGAACUUUUAUUGCCAUCAAGCCAGAUGGAGUGCAGAGAGGACUGAUUUCAGAAAUUAUCUCUCGGUUUGAACGAAAAGGCUUUAAACUUGUGGCAAUCAAGGUUGUGGUUCCUUCAAAGGACUUUGCCAAGAAGCACUACCACGACCUCAAGGAAAGACCUUUCUUUAAUGGGUUGUGCGAUUUCCUCAGCUCUGGACCAGUCAUUGCCAUGGUUUGGGAAGGUGAAGGUGUGAUCAGAUAUGGCCGUAAACUCAUUGGUGCCACCGAUCCUCAGAAAUCAGAACCAGGAACCAUCAGGGCCGAUUUAGCUGUUCAGGUUGGAAGAAAUAUAAUUCAUGGUAGUGAUGGCCCUGAGACCGCCAAGGACGAAAUCAAGCUUUGGUUUAAACCUGACGAGUUGGUUAACUACACAAGCAAUGCAGAGAAAUGGAUCUACGGCUAAUUAUUCUUUCUGCAAUUUUUCAAAUUUUGCCUGCAGCAAUAGGACUUUGAAUAAACAGUCCGUGUGGAAGCAAAAUGAUGAACAUAAUGUGCUUUAUUUAGACGAAUAGGAAACGUUGUGGAACAAAAGCUAAAAUCAACUGCUGCAAUAAUGUACAACCACGCUUUAUAUUUUGCCUUUGCCAACACACCUUUUUGUGCCU